AUGUGGAAGCUGGGCCGGAACCGGGUGCUCCUGGACGAGCCCACCGAGGAGGAGGACGGCCUGCGGGGGGGGGCGCCGCCCGCCACCGCCCCCGCCGCCGCUCAGGUUCCAGGAGCGAGUUUCCGAGGCUGGAAAGAAGUGACUUCUCUAUUUAACAAGGAUGAUGAGCAGCAGCUGCUGGAAGGACGAAAAUCCCCCAAGUCCAGAGCCACUAACUUACGAUUAAAAGAAGAGUUGAAGACAGAGAAGAAGUCUGGAUUUUGGGACAAUUUGGUUUUGAAACAGAACAUACAGUCUAAGAAACCAGAUGAGAUAGAAGGUUGGGAACCUCCAAAACUUGCCCUUGAAGACGUGGCAGCAGACUCGGGCGGCCCUGUGAGUGACCGUGUGUCUCGGCCGGGCUGGCAGGAGGAUGCCAAGGGCUCUACCAAGUACACCAGCCUGGCCAGUGCAGGGAGCAGCUCGCGCUGGAGCCUCAGGUCGGCCGGGAAGCUGGUCAGCAUCCGCCGGCAGAGCAGAGGCCACCUGACGGACGACUGGGAGGAGCUGGAGUGACCGCCCAGCCCCCAAAUGUCCUCACACCAAAACCUGCCUGAUCGUGCACCUUUGUAUCUCAUCUCCUUCACAUUCCUAGAGUCUGCAGUAUCGUGGUGUUUAUUAGUAUAGUGUCCUGUUUGGUCUUUCCCAGAUGAAAGUCACAGAGAACCUGCUCUGUGCUGUUUCAUUUGGCUUUCCUCUUCAAAUGCCAAGUGAGGAAAUGCCAGGCGUCCUGUGAUUUCUCAGUGGGCACGCACAGGGUCCACCUGUCACCCGUGUGUUGCUGACCUUAGGUGGGAAGUUCACUGCAGUGGGGAUUUGCUGUUUGCCACAAAACUGUCUUUCUGUGUCCUGAGUUGCGGUUCUGUGUUCUGUGACUUGAUCCCUGUCUCUGCAUGUAGCACAUACCUGUAAUAUAUGACUCAAGAAUGUAGCAGCCACACACUUCUUUUCUGUUACCAGAAACCUGCAAUCCAGGUGUAACGUGAAUCUUCCAAAGGUCACGUCACAUUGUGCUCACUCUUCUUUUGUAUUAAACCAUAAAAUAUGCAAGCAAAUUAAACGCUGGCGAAGUGAAGGCUGUAUCAUCCCCAGAAAUACACUGUCUGCAAACACAGCUUCACCUCCCACAAGCGUAUUAGAUGGUGACAGUGUUCCCAUCUUGAGGUUCUUGAACUUUUAAAUACUGAUGUUUCUUUUCUUCUAAAAGUUUGUUCUCUUAUUUUGAUUGCAGACUAAAGAAUGCUAUAAAGCAUGGAUCAGUUUUAAUAACUUGACACUUAAAUUUGUUUGGAAAAUAUUAACUUGCUUGUUAGAGUUGAAAUUGUAGGUAAAAUGCUGAAAGUGCCUCUUUUCUGUAACACCCAGGGUUUUGUUUUUUCAAAUGAGACUGUUGGACCCUGAGAAGCUAUGUGUUGUCGCUGGUUCAGGAGCAUCACUGAGCAUCUCUUGUGUCUCCGAACUUGCUUGUUGACUCCUUGACAGAUGGGCUCCAGGUCAGGUACGCAGCACGUGUGUCCUCAGCAAGACAGACCCAACUCACAGGAGGACCACGUGUUUCUGAGAUCAGAACAGGUGUAGGGGUUUCUGAUUAAAAAGAAAAACUUCCAGUUACACUGUGCAUUCCUCUCUUGUGAAAGCCACUGUCUUCAAGGUAUUCAGUGAGCAGUUCCGUGCUAUUCCACACCAGAGGUGUCAUUUAGUGUUUCUGUGGACCCCAAGGGGUGAUGGGGGUGACAGAAUGCCUGCCUGUCACCUGCUAUUUCUCGGUCCAUCAGUCUGUGGACACCCUGUCAUCUGACUACCAGCCGUCUAGCCACAGUCUCCAUGCGUCAUCUAACCAUCUGUGUCUGUCAUCUGUGUAGCGUCUGUCAAAAUCACCUAAUGUCCUUCUCUUUCUAAUAGACAAGUUUACUUCACCGAGCCUUGAAAGGGGGACAUGUGAGUGGUGGUAAAAUCUUAUUUGUGUUAGAACCUUGAAGUGGUUAAUAGCGGAGUUGAAAACCGUGUUUCCUCAGGUAAACAGUUCAGCUCAUUGACUGGAGUCCUCCUCCCUAGAGACACUUGCUGUGACUGAGAUGAGCUAUCUGAAGCAGGAGCUUCGGGCUCAUCUUCGGCUAAUCCUGUGAUGAGGUGCAGGGAAGGGACUGUGUGUUUGAGGUUCUGGGCAGAGAGCGUGGGGUGGGGGGCGGGCGGGGCAGGUGGGACAGCCCCCACCUCGGGGAGCCUGUGCCAGUGUGCUGUGAUGCUAAGUGCCUGCGACCCCCUUGGGGACACACGUGAUGCACAGCUGGCAGAAUGGCCCCUCACACCCCUCAUUCCUCACAGCCGAAUGCAAGCCAGAGUGGGGUUGGAUUAUGCACGUGAAUAAUACUUUUCUUAUCUACAAACAUUAAUGUAAAAAUGAAUUUUUCUUCUGUUGUAUCUGAUUAAAAUAACUGUGGAUUUUAAUAUAAAUAUUUAUUGGUGUGCUUUGGGGGAAAGAUAUUUUUUUCUUGAUGGAAUUUACCAAAGCGACUUUAUUUUGUUCACUGGCUGAUGAGAGAGUGGGUCUGUCCAAAUUCUGUAAACUGCACAGCUUCUCUGAAGAGUGAAGUAUCUGCUCUUCUGACUGUUGUUUUGUCAUUAACAGGAAAGUGAUUGGUUUUAAAGAAAGUUGAAUUCAUCCGUAAUGCUGAAGUUUUUUAAAAAUAAAAACAUGGUUUAUAUCCUGUUA